AUGGAGAUAUUUUACCAGCCUCACAUUGAUCGCGAGAUUGAAUCACUCAUAGAAAGAAUAUAUCCUCCCAGGGUGUGUAUCGAUAAUGAUUCUUGCGGAGACUGCACCGUAGUGAAGGUUGAUAGUGCAAAUAAGCAUGGGAUAUUAUUGGAGAUGGUCCAAGCGUUGACGGAUUUUGAUCUCAUCAUUUCGAAAUCAUACAUUUCCUCUGAUGGUGGAUGGUUUAUGGACGUGUUCCACGUGACUGAUGAAGCUGGCAAGAAGCUCACAGACGAAACUAUCAUGCUCCACAUUCAGCAGGCACUGUGCGCCACUAGAAGUAAAGGCGAGAUUUCAAGGAAUAUAGAACUGCAUAGUAGCGGGGGACCCCACUCGCAACCGAACAUGCCAACGAAGAACACAGCCCUGGAGAUGAGUAUGAUGGACCGACCGGGCCUACUGUCAGAGCUAUCAGCAGUGCUGGUGGACUUGGGCUGCAGAGUUACCUCUGCAACGGCCUGGACCCACAAUGACAGGGUGGCCUGCAUUAUCAACGUUGAAGACGCGUCCAAACUGGGGCCCAUCAGUGACCCAAAACGUUUGGCCCACAUGGAGGAGCAGCUGGAGAAUGUAGUUGCGGCCCAUGGCGGGUCCGGAGAGGGGAAGAGCGUGAGGCUUACAAACUUGGCCUCCGGGCGCACCCACACGGAACGGCGGCUCCACCAGCUGAUGUACGCGGACAAGGAUUACGAGAGUUGCCGUGCUUGUCAUGGGGAUAGUAGCGGGGAACACAAGAAAGGUUGUGAUGGGACCCACGUUUCUGUUGGUAGAUGCGAGGACAAAGGGUACUUGGUCGUCAACGUCAGGAGCAGGGAUCGUCCCAAGCUGUUGUUCGAUACGGUGUGCGUGCUAACGGACAUGCAAUAUGUGGUUUUUCAUGCCGCCAUUAGUUCCAAGAGAUCCAUGGCCGAUCAGGAGUAUUUUAUGAAGCACAGCAGCAUGGGUAGUUCACUUCUUGACAACCACAACGAGAGGCAAAAGCUCACCUUAUGCUUAAUCGCUGCUAUUGAGCGCAGAGUCUCACAUGGAUUAAGAGUAGAUAUUCGCACUGAAAACAGAAUAGGGCUACUGUCGAAUGUGACCCGGGUCUUCCGGGAAAAUGGCCUGUCUAUUUCAAGGGUUGAGAUUGGAACAGACGGGGAGAAAGCAGUAGGAUCAUUUUUUGUUACAGAUUCUUCAGGUGAAGAAGUAAAUCCAAAUAUAGCCGAAUUGGUGCGACAAGAGUCCGGUGGAACCGUAGUUACUGAUCACAAGUCCCCGCAUAGGGUACCUCAAUCGUCAUCAUCGUCGGUUAUACGUAAAACCGAGAGUAUUAUAGAGACUAAGCCAAGAUUUUCUCUAGGAAGCAUGCUAUGGUCUCACUUAGAACGCCUUUCUGGAAGUUUUGGCCCCAUUAAAUCCUGAGAAACUUCAAACUCGUACUUCUACUUCAAGGAAUGUCUCCUAAAUAGCUGUGUAGAUAAGAAUUUUUUAUUAGUUUUUUCCGCUCCUAAUUUCUUUUCCUUCUUGGCAAAAGGUAAAAGAGUGUUCUAACUUGGAAUUGGAUGGUCAUUGUACAUAUUUUUCUCACACGAAAAUCCCAGGCAAUACUACACGAAGAGAAAUGAGUUUUACAGACCAAUUUGCGCACAUCAUCAAGUGCUAUUGGAAAUAGAUUUUGGUUUGAUCUAAUAAUUAAAAACUUCUAAUUUAUAGUAUUCUAACAUCUGGAUGGCCUAGCCACAUUUUAAAAUAGGGAGGAAUAAGCCAACAAAAACAACCCUUCCCUUCUAUUUUUAUAAACCAUGAUCCUUCAUGUCUCCGGUACAAUGAAUGCUAACAACCUACCAAAACAACUAGUCUAGUUUUUUAACACCAAGGUACGAAGUCACGUACCUACUGAAGGAUUUAAAGCAUAAAAGCUCCUUGCUUUUGUUUUAAUAGUUCUAGAAAACGUAAUGGGGCCAUCUGGCUAUCCUCCCAUUCUCCUUACACACACUUCAGACGUGGUUACAGGAAAAAAUUCGUAUUCCGUGCGAUAGAUUAGCAGAAAAAAGAAGACUACAAGACAAUUGUAAGAAAUGUUAACAGGAGACAAAAAAACAAGAGACAAAACAAAAGAUAUGACACUAGAGACGCUAUUCUCCAAUUAAAAUUAACAUUUUAUCUUGAUAAUUACUGUUUUGAUCCUACUGAGAUAAAAUUAAAAUAAACAUUAUAUCUCGAUAAUUACUAUUUUAAACUUGAAGGGUACACUGUAGAGAGCCUGAAUAUUGCAAGUGCAGGACCGGCGCCCCUUGAUAUCUAUUUCAUUAGGAGGUUUUUAACUGAGAACUUAAAAAUCUAACUUACGCCGCAGCCCAAAGGGUGGUGAGUUGAAACUACUUCAGAGAAACAUCUAGGGAAUUAGUAAGUUCUUCAGCGCUUAGUGGUUCUUCAAGAGAAACAUCAAGGGACCUCAGAACCAAAUAGCCGUAGUAAGAUUAUGCAUCACAUGCUUAGAAAGUUUGCCAGUGGUAAUAUCUGCUUAUCAUUAAAAUUGAAAUUUUAAUCUUACAUAUUUCAGUCACUAUAUAACAUAUGUGCUAGCAGAGUGUAGUUGUUCUUUUCAUCUAUUAAAUAAUUAUUCAUCCUGGCCACAUCAGGCUACUGAUAAUUUCUUGGGAGACUUCAUUCACGAUCGUUUAUAAAAAAGUUAGGUGAGUUCAAAGUAUUGGUAACCCAAAAAAAUUUGGAAUUUGCUAAUCAAACAGAAGUAUUACUUCAAGUUCGGUGC